GAACUUGAGGCUUCUACUCACCUCGAUAAUUUCAAAAGAGAUGAUCAAAAAUCUUGCCCGUAUGUUUUCCUCACGGCCUCCCACAUCAGAAGCAUUAAGGGCCAGCUAACAUUAUUCCAAAACACAAAAGGGACUGUAUAUAUUUCGGGCACAUAUCAAUACGGUUUUUGGGAUAGUAAAGAAUGGCAUUAUGAUUGGUCAAUUCAAAACGGGUGCGGGGAACCGCUUUUUAACCUCACCAAGAUUCUCCAUUCGGAAUAUUUUGGUUGCAGUUGCUGUAAUGGUUAUAAGGAUACAGGUUGUUGUAAAGAUAAAAAGAAAAGAUCACAAAAAAGGAGAGCUUUACUUAAUGCGAGAACUUCUAGUGAAAAUAAAACAAUACCAAAAGGUGAAUGUUCCGAUUCAGAUAUGGGAGAAGAUGGAACCACCCCAUGGGUGAUUAAGGUUGAAGAUAUGCCUUGGGAUUGUAAUAAUGAAGGGCUUAAAUAUAAAACCUGUGAUAAAGACAUUUAUAAAGAUUCUAAAUAUAAACGUGGCGAAGACCACGACGAUGGAAUAUACAUACCUAGUACACUUCAAGAUGAAGGCCCAGAAACUGGCCUGUAUCUUGUGAUUUACGGUGAAUGUAAAUCGUUAAAACGCCAACCAAUAAGUGCUCCUGCUUCAGUUAAUGUUAACGAUCAGGGUGGUACAGUUGCUCCAGCAGCACCACCAGCACCAGCAGCAGCACCGGCAGCAGCUCCGGCAGCAGCUCCACCUGCAGCUCCACCGGCAGCUCCUGCUGCAGCUCCUGCGGCAGCUCCAGCGGCAGCUCCAGCACCUGCUGCACCUGCUGCUUCUGCAGCUCCGACGGCAGCAGCCCCAACUGCAACAGAUACAUCAACUCCAACAGAUACAUCAGCCCCUGCUACAACAGCAGCAGCUCCUCCUCCAGCAGCUGCCUCACCAACAGCAUAA